CUCUUUUAUUGUUUAGGCUCAGUGAUAGUCCGCAGGCGCUUCUCCGGCUGAGGGUUUGAUCUUCGGACCUGAGAAUAUUCGGUUUGGAGCAAGUAUAUACAAGGUGAAACACUUUAAUCUAACUAAUGGAGAGCAGUGAAGAUGAAGACGAUUUCCCUGCGAUUGAAUCCGUAACUCCUCAAGCCAAAAUUGACUCUAUAUAUCAGUCCAAGACUGAGAAGGAAAUCAGAAAGCUGUGCUUUGAUCUUCUGGAUUUAAAAGAUGCGGUGGAGAAUUUAUGUGGUAAUUCACGCACAAAGUACUUGGCUUUCUUGAGACUAUCAGAAGAAGUUGUAGAAACAGAGCACGAGUUGAAUGAACUACGGAAGCAUAUAUCUGGUCAAGGAAUUCUUGUCCAGGAUUUGAUGACUGGAGUAUGCCAUGAAUUGGAUCAGUGGAAUUCUCUCCUUCAGGACGAUAAACAUGUUGAAAACUCUAAUGUUGACGAUACCUUGUCAAAUGAAGGUCAAGAUUAUGAUGUGAUAUUUUUGGAGAAUAUUGAUGUUCUCUUGGCUGAGCAUAAAGUAUUUGAAGCUAUUGAAGCAUUGGAUGCUGAAGAGAAAAGUCAUCCUCAGUUGAAAAUCUUGGUAGAUGCUUCAUCAGUUGAGUCCGGUUAUAAACCUGCUUUUCUGAAAAGGAAGGAAAUCCUGGAAAACCAAUUGGUCGGGAUCAUUGAGCAGCCUAUGGUUGGUAGAUCUGAGAAGAAGAAAGCCCUUUGUGGUUUGCUUAAGCUUGGAAAAGGCUCAAUGGCCCAUCAGUUUCUGCUGCAAACUUAUGUUUCAUCCUUGCAGAAAAGCAUUGAGGAGUUUCUUCCACUAUGUUCCAGUUACCCAGAAACAUAUUCAGCCACAUUAUCUAAUCUCAUAUUCUCUAGAAUAUCAUUGUUGGCAAAAGAAUCUGCUGAAAUUUUUGGAAACAAUCCCAUAUACAGUAACAAAGUAAUUCGAUGGGCAGAAUGUGAAAUUGAAGCACUUGUACGAUUGGUUAAAGAGAAUGCACCUUUGUCCGAAACAGUUUAUGCCUUGCGCGCUGCUAGCAUCUGCAUUCAGGCUAGCCUUACACAUUGUUCCACAUUGGAAUCACAAGGAAUAAAGUUGUCAGAGUUACUUCUGGUCCUUUUCAAAUCAUAUAUUGAGGAAAUCUUUGAAUUAAAUUUUAGGCGGGCUAGGAAAACCGUUCUAACCUUCGAUUCGACCGAAGAUCCUGAAAGCUUGUCAUUGUCACCUCGCUUUGCCUAUUCAUUGUCGUCUUUUGCUUUAUCAUCUGGUAAUUCGACAAUCGACAGUGGAAUGAGGUUUAUUUUUACUGUCAAGGAAUUGGUGGAGCAGCUAACUCCUCAAGUCAUUUUGCACUUUGGAGGAAACAUAUUGACGAGAAUCUCACAGCUUUUUGAUAAAUAUGUGGAUGCCUUAAUUAAGGCUUUAGCUGGUCCCUCUGAAGAUGAGAACCUAUUAGAGUUGAAAGAGAUUUCACCUUUUAGAGCUGAAACAGAUGCUGAGCAGCUUGCUCUAUUGGGUACAGCUUUCACUGUUGCUGAGGAAUUAUUGCCUAUGGUUGUAUCCAGAAUUUGGAGUGCAUUGAAUGAAAAAGGAGAAGUUGCUACUGAAAAUAUUGGAUCUACUACAAACACUACGGAACUUAAGGACUGGAGGCGCCAUCUUCAACAUUCAUUAGACAAACUCCGCGAUCACUUCUGUAGACAAUACGUUUUGAAUUUCAUAUACUCCAGAGAUGGAAGAACACGGCUAGAUGCACAAAUUUAUCUAAUUGAGAAAAAGGGAGAUAAAGAAAAUCUAUUUUGGAAUUCAGACCCUCUACCCUCUCUACCAUUCCAGGCAUUGUUUGGGAAACUGCAACAAUUGGCAACAGUAGCUGGAGACGUUUUGCCUGGAAAAGAAAAAAUACAGAAAAUUUUGCUAGCAAGGCUGACCGAGACAGUUGUAAUGUGGCUUUCUAACGAACAGGAGUUCUGGGGUGUGUUGGAGGAUGAAUCCACUCGGCUUCAGCCUAUAGGGUUGCAACAGCUGAUUCUGGAUAUGCACUUCACAGUUGAAAUAGCACGAUAUGCUGGAUACCCUUCACGGCACAUCCAUCAACUGGCUUCAGCCAUCAUUGCUCGUGCGAUCAGGACAUUUGCGGACAGAGGCAUCGACCCACAGAGUUCACUUCCUGAGGAUGAAUGGUUUGGGGAAACAGCUAAGAAUGCAAUAAACAAGCUGUUACAUGGUGGUUCUGGUUCAGAAACUUCAGAAAUUGAUGAAGAUCACUUGAUUAUUCAAGAGGGGGAGGAGGAGGAGGAGGAGGAGGUGGAAGAGGGGCAUAUGAUGUCGGAUUCGGAGGAGGGUUCUCCUUCUUCUCUAUCGAGCGAGGAUUACUCGGAUUCUUUUGCAUCAGCCCAGACGGGCGAACUUGAAGAUCCUUCGGAUUUGUCAGAUCAGGAAGGGUGAAGAAAUUUAGAGAAUAGUUUAGUUUGUGUAAUUUUUGUUGUAAGUAGUAUAAGAUAAAGAGGGAUAUGAUAUUAUCGUGUGCAUUAAUCUGAUUGGUUCAUUGGCUAUGUCAAAGUCAAAGUACUAUUUGGACUAGGUGCUCAUCAUUUUGGAAUCGCUAAAAAAUUAGGUGACAUUUCUUAUGACCUUUGUUUGAUUCAAUCUUAUUCAUCCUAAUUCAUUAGUUAUUGUGGA